GAAGGACCGAGUUGUGCCAGACUCAAUCCAACUUGAUACUUGAAAAGCCCUACACGGGCUCAUCCUGGAGGCUGAAAAGCCCUACACGACUGCUCAGACCCUAUCCGGACCCAGAGCGGGCUUGGGUUCACAUAGCUAAACUUACACCCCUAAACCCUAACCACCCAUGUUUGCUGUUGCGUUCUUCUCAGACAUCCGCUUCCACCCACCAGGGUCCCAAACCAAGAAGGAGGAAAAAGAGAGAAAUAAACGUUAGGCAAGGGUUGUGGAUCCGCCGUCAACGUACACCAUUAAAAAAAUUAAAAAAAUAAAACCCGAACCCGACGCGUUUACCAAAAAAAAAAAAAAAAAAAAAAAAGACGGAACAGCCAAAGAAAAGCAAAAUUGGAGAUCUUGCAGAAACGCCAACGAGCUGAGCAUUAUCAUUCGACGUGCUUCCGAGUAUCCACCAAGCCAACCUUACUUUUCAGAAGGAGUUGCAAGGGGGCUGUUCAUACUUUUGUUGAGGCAGAGAGUUCAGGUUUUCUGAAGAUAGUUAUGUGGGAAUCCAUCUGUCUAACCUUAGCGGCUACCGCUGGUAAUAACAUCGGCAAAGUGUUACAGAAGAAAGGAACUGUCAUUCUUCCUCCUCUCUCUCUCAAGUUUAAGGUGGUAAGGGCAUAUGUAUUCAACAAGGCUUGGAUUAUUGGUUUUGUUAUGGAUAUAUUUGGAGCUCUCUUGAUGUUGAAGGCGUUGUCUCAAUCUCCUGUAUCUGUAAUACAACCGGUGUCUGGCUGUGGUCUUGCUAUACUUUCUAUCUUUUCCCAUUUUUAUCUGAAGGAGGUCAUGAAUGUUGUUGACUGGGUGGGAAUUGCUUUCGCAGGUGUUGGCACAAUAGGAGUGGGUGUUGGUGGGGAGGAGCAAAAGGCUUCAGCCAUAUCCAUCUUUGAUCUACCUUUGCUAGUUUUCAUUGUUGUCAUCUUGUUUGUCCUUCUUAAUGGAUGGCUUCAUGUGUACAAACGUCAACGAAGAGAACAGGAGUUGAUGCAUUCUGAAGUUGUUGAGGAAAUUAUUUUUGGGAUGGAAUCGGGCAUCUUAUUUGGGAUGGCUUCUGUAAUAUCAAAGAUGGGAUUCAUAUUUCUAGAGCAAGGUUUCUCCAAGAUCUUGGUUCCUUUAUGCCUUUCUAUCAGUAUAUGCUGUAGCGGUACAGGAUUUGUUUUCCAGACUCGAGGUUUAAAACAUGGGAGAGCAAUUGUUGUGUCUACAUGUGCUGCUGUGGCAUCAAUUGUGACUGGUGUACUUGCUGGUAUGCUUGCUCUGGGUGAACAAUUGCCUUCCGCACCGGCAGCUCGUCGUUCACUGUUACUUGGAUGGCUACUAAUCAUUGUUGGUGUUAUUCUUCUUGUGAGCUCAACACGGCUGGUGCGACGUCUUCCGCAACCAUUGCGGCCUUCUACACGCAGCAAUGUUGAGAAGAGUUACAGCCUUAGGCAAUCAGGGACAGUCCGCGUCAGGGAUUCAAGUCCAAGUGCUGUCAUCCAGGCAGCCACAUUGCAUAAUUUAUUAACUCCUUCGAAAGAUAAGGCCUGAAAUGGUGGUGAUAAAAUCAAUAUCAUCCCGGUUCUCUAUGUUUGGCGUUUCUCAAGUGAGCAGAUUCAUUAUGUUGUAUGAAUGGUAGCCCUCUUUAGUAGGUUUAUUGAAGGCAUGAAACUUUUAAAAUCAUUCCUUCAAUUUUAACUUUAUGUUAUGAUACCCUUUCCAUCAAUUUAAUACCAUUGCUUCUUUGAAGUUUCACAGAGAA